GUCACAUUUAUAAACAACAUUUACUUCACUGACAGACGCUCGCCAAGUUAGCGGUGUUGUUUUGUUGUUGUAGAUCUGCUUGCUGAUGUUUACAACCGAGCCCACCAAGGAAUAUAGUAAUAUUAUAUUAUACAGCGAGGAGGGGAGAGGACUUGCCCUCAGUUACUUUUGUAAAAGCCGCUCUCAGCUGCUCUGGGGGGGCGGAGUGCCUGCAAAGUGUUGCGCCGAUUGGGGCGCUCGAUCGGGGGAAGAGAGAUGGCGUGCUUGUUGGAGGCCCCUCUCCGCAUCAGUGUGCUGUCUGAAGUUACUGCCACUAGUCGCCAUUAUGUUGACAGACUGUUCGACCCCGAGCCACAGAAAGUGCUGCAGGGCGUCAUUGACAUGAAGAAUGCUGUCAUAGGAAACAACAAGCAAAAGGCCAAUCUGAUCGUCCUCGGAGCGGUGCCGAGGUUACUGUACCUGCUUCAGCAGAGCUCGUCCAGUCUGGAGCUGCGGAUCGAGUGUGCCGUGGUGCUGGGCAGCCUAGCGAUGGGCACGGAGAACAACAUCAAGUCCCUGGUGGACUGUCACAUCAUCCCUGCCCUUCUUCAAGGUCUCCUGUGUCCGGAGCUGAUCUUCAUUGAAGCGUGUCUUCGAUGUCUCAGAACGGUUUUCAUCAGUCCCGUCACCCCUGUGCAGCUGCUCUAUACGGACCCCACUGUGAUUCCCCAUCUAAUGUUUCUACUGAGCCGCUCACAGAGAACCCAGGAGUACAUCACCCAGAUCUUCUCCCACUGUUGUAAGACCCCAGAGCACCAGACGGUUCUUUUCAACCACAGCGCCAUCCAAAACAUUGCCCCUCUACUUAUCUCACCCUCUUAUAAGGUCCGGAUGCAGGCGUUAAAGUGUUUCUCAGUCCUGGCCUAUGAGAACUCUCAGGUCUCCAUGACACUGGUGAAUGUGCUGGUGGAUGGCGAGCUGCUCUCUCAGGUAUUUGUCAGAAUGAUGCAAAGGGAUCAACCCAUUGAAAUGCAACUAACGGCGGCCAAAUGUCUAACGUACAUGUGUCGAGCGGGGGCCAUCAGGACAGACGACAGCUGCAUAGUCCUAAAGACCCUGCCGUGCCUCGUGCGGAUGUGCAGUAAAGAGCAUUUGCUUGAGGAGAGGGUGGAGGGUGCAGAGACGCUGGCCUACCUGAUGGAGCCCGACGUAGAGCUGCAGAGGAUCGCCAGCACCACCGACCACCUGGUGGCCAUGCUAGCCGACUACUUCAAAUACCCCAGCUCUGUGUCUGCCAUCACGGACAUCAAGAGGCUGGACCAUGACCUGAAGCACGCACACGAACUGAGACAAGCUGCUUUCAAACUUUACGCCUCACUAGGCUCCAACGACGAGGACAUCCGCAAAAAGAUCACAGAGACAGAGAACAUGAUGGACAGGAUAGUCAGCGGCCUAUCAGAAUCCAGCAUUAAAGUCCGUUUGGCGGCCGUAAGGUGUCUUCACAGCCUGUCGCGGUCGGUACAGCAGCUGAGGACCAGCUUCCAUGACCACGCGGUGUGGAAGCCCCUCAUGAAGAUGUUGCAGAACGCUCCGGAUGAAGUCCUGGUCAUGGCCUCCUCUACACUAUGCAAUCUACUGCUGGAGUUCUCUCCCAGCAAAGAGCCCAUCCUGGAGUCGGGGGUGAUCGAGUUACUAUGCAGUCUGACCCAGAGUGACAGUCCUGCUCUGAGGGUCAAUGGCAUCUGGGCUCUGAUGAACAUGGCGUUCCAGGCAGAUCAGAAGGUGAAGGUGGAGAUCGUUCGGAGUUUGGGUACAGAACAGUUGUUCCGCCUGCUAUCAGACCCCGACUCCAACGUGCUGAUGAAGACCCUCGGUCUGCUGCGCAACCUGCUGUCAACACGCCCACACAUUGACCAGAUCAUGAGUUCUCAUGGGAAACAGAUCAUGCAAGCAGUGACGCUCAUCCUGGAGGCGGAGCACAGUGUAGAGGUCAAGGAGCAGACGCUGUGCAUCCUAGCCAACAUCGCCGACGGCAACACAGCCAAGGAACUCAUCAUGACCAAUGACGACAUGCUCCAGAAAAUCAAAUAUUACAUGGGCCAUUCGAAUGUCAAACUACAGCUCGCUGCCACCUUCUGCAUCUCAAACCUUAUCUGGAAUGAGGAGGACGUUCAAGCAGUGGUCAACAGCGAUUUUUCCCACAAAGGUUCUCAGGAGCGUCAGGACAAGCUGAGGGAGAUGGGCUUUGUGGACAUCCUGCACAAACUCACCCAGGCCUCUGACCCCAACCUCUGCGACAGGGCGAAGACGGCGAUGCAGCAGUACCUGGCGUGACUACAGCGGGGAGAGAUCUGCUGCCGGCCGACACCGGUCACCGCCUCUUUAGUUUCUAGUUUCUUAACCUCGAGGCUUGUUUUGUUGCACAAAGACACCUUUAUGUCGGACCUGUGGCUGGCCUCCCUUUGACCCCCACCCCCGACCCCCCACCCCCACCUCAACAGUUUAGCGCACUCCAAACCCCGCCUGGGAGACUGAGACCGUGGUUGUUAGGAAAUCAACGGCUAUGAGGGGUUUGCCUGAUUUAUUAUUUUUUUUGUGCAAUUUUCAACAAUGAAGUGACAUUUUUUUCUUUCUUUUUGGGACUUUUUUGUGUUGCUCUUUUCUUUGUUGGAGUGCGACAGCCUGACGCCAGCGCCCUCUUGGUGCUUUUGGACUCCCGACAGCGGAGAUUCUGCUCUCAGAGAACCAGACUACGAGGUUGGACACGAGAAGAGCUGUCGGACAGCACAGCUUCCCAGUUUUAUUUUUAAUUAAUAUUAUUAAUAAUGUUUCCUUAAGGCGUCGCAAGCAAGGACACAUUUGGAAAACAAAACUGCCUAAUUAGAAAUUCUGGGUGUUUGUUUUUUUUGUGGAUACAUACCUCGUAAAUAUAUAAAUAUAUAUAAAUAUAAACAAAUAUAUAUUUUUGGAUUUUUAUUUCCCCCCCUGACCCUCUGUUUGUUUUCAUUCAUUCUCUGUUUACCAUGAUUCUUGGCACAGUAGGGUGAGUUCUCUGCAGUGAAUUAGGAAACAAAAAAAAAACAGAAAAUAAUUCUUUCUUCUUCUGACCCUUGGUGGUUUUGCGUGCGCUGUCAGCUGUCACUUCUGUCCAAAAUCCUUACAAUCCCAAUGGGAAAUGUAGCUCCAGAGUGCUUACUCUGAUCUGCGCAGUUACUAAUUAACAGGCAGUAGGUACGUGUACGUGUACGCACACACACCCCCCCCCAGAGAUAAGAGGAUGCCUGUAUCCUCACAUCUCUGUCGAAGAAGACUUAGUGUCUGUUUCUGUUCCUCUUCUGUGUGUGAUUUGUUAAAAGGGAUAAAUGAAAGCUCCUGCGUUUCUCUCCUCUGAUGUGUUUUAAGAAGCGAGAGGACAGAGUGGAUGGAAGGAAUUAAAGGAAGAUCUAUUUGAGAUCGGCCCUGGAGGGGAAAGGUACUAAGUGCAUCCUCUGCACCAGAAUCAAGUGCUACAUUGUCUUUCUUCCCUCGAUCAUAUCAUUUCUUGUUUCCCAUCAGGACUGAGGAGUGUUGUUUCCUGACAUUUCAAACCUUACUGAAACUCUUGAUAGAAUGAAUGUUACCAUUGAAAAUAUAUGCAGACCUGAAGGAUUUCUUCUGUGUUGCGUCUUAUUUCUCCUCAGAGGGUACAAGGAUUCUCUCACAUUCACAUUGUCUAAAUAAAGCAGAAAUAUACAAAAGUACAGGGAAGUUCCCAUUAAGUUUGGAUUGCGUCUACUAGUUGCUUCGUUUCCAGUUUGUGCCUCUCAUGUAUUUCCAGAGUUCGAGUCAGAGGUAAUUAUCGUUUUCU